AUGAGUGAAAAAAACUUGCAAGAUGAAAACACAGAACCUGCACCUAUGCUUAUAUCAUUAGUGUUACAGAACUAUAGGGGACACGUGGACCAUUGGGUUAAGUCAUAUCAGGUACCUGUUCCUGCACUAAAGGAACAUAUUGCUUCUGUUACUGCUGUAUUGUCUGAACAGCAACAUUUAAUCUAUUGUGGCAAAGUUCUAAAAGAUGAUCAGCUCCUUUCAGCUUAUCUUUUACAUGGUAAAGUGGUGCACAAACUGGGUGUUGUAUCUAUAGGUGUUGGAGGCUUAAAACUUACUGAAUACCUUAAAGAGCAACUUCGUCUAAGAGAUCUACAUGUUUCUUCAUUAUACAUUGUUCGCUCAUUGAAAGAGGCAGUGACAGAUUGCACUGAGCGUUGCUAUGCUGCCAAAAUGAGAACUGAUCAUACUUGGUUCAGGAUAGUUGUGUUGGCUGGAGGCACUGCAUGUUUACCAGGGUUACCACAUAUACAAGUUGAUGAUGAGAACAUUGUUCCAAGACCUUCAGUGAGUUAUGAUGAUGUCCCUUAA